AGAUUGUAGGAUUGGCAACACUGAGUCAUGAAGUCGCUAAGGGUUCAGUUUGCAGAGGCUUGCAUAAGUACAGAUGUUACUAUAAUGGAAGUCAAAUGCUGUAUUGAUUAUUCAAAUUGCGCAUACUUGAAGCGUAACAAUUCCAUGCUGCAUUUAUCAUACGGUCGAGCAUUUAAGGUUUUAGGGAACCGACUUUUGCGUCGUCCAAGUCAUAAUUGGAACCACCUGAUUCGGAAAGUAAAUACAACCAUAAAAUUGUCAUCAAGAUUGCCCUGAAAGAUCUUGAAAAGCUUUAACGCUAUCGCGAAAAAAAUUAACCUUUUCUUGGGUACAAUUUACUUGGUUGUGUAACUGGGACACCAGUAAUCGUCGCAACUGCUGUAGUAAAAGUGAAGAUUACAAAUUCUAUUAAAUAAAGAAUUUGGCUGACAAGGUGCUGAGUCUUCUUCUAUUGGCUUUUGCAAUAAAUGUUAAGAAAAAAAUACGUUGUACCUUCUCAAGUGCUACAAACAUAUCUUUCAUCGUAGCCGAUGAAGUUUGUGCCGUCGUCAUUGUAUCACUG